ACUUCUCUUCCUGCUCCGUUGCUUCCUUUUUUUUUAGUAGUCAACACAGUCUGCAGAGAUGGUGCUCAAAUCUACGACGUCGACAAAUCACACCGUGUACCAGAUCUCCGGCACAAACACCUCUCGGUCGCUGCCGGACUGGGUUGCGCGAAAGCGUCGGAAAGAUCUCAAGAACGAUGCCGAAUACUCCUCCCGCAUCGAACUUCUCCAAGACUUUGAAUUCUCAGAGGCCUCCAACAAAAUCAAAGUCUCUCCCGACGGCGCCUACGCGAUGGCGACCGGGACUUACAAGCCACAGAUCCACGUCUACGACUUUGCCGAGCUGUCGCUCAAGUUUGCGCGGCACACCGACGCCGAGAACGUGGACUUUAUAAUCCUCUCGGACGACUGGACAAAGUCCGUGCACCUGCAAAACGACCGCUCGAUCGAGCUGCACGCGCAGGGCGGCAUCCACACCCGCACGCGGAUACCCAAAUUCGGACGCGCAAUCUCGUACCGGAAAUCAAACUGCGAUCUGUACGUCGGUGCGUCCGGCAACGAAGUCUACAGACUGAACCUCGACCAGGGCCGGUUCAUGAGCCCGUUCGAGCUCGGGACCGAUAUCACGGGCUGUAACUGCCUCGACAUCAACCCUGCGCACGAACUACUCGGCUUCGGGCUCGAGAACAAUACCGUGCAGUUUUGGGAUCCGCGGUCGCGGUCGCGGCUGUUGCAGCUGUCGAUGGAAGCGAGCGAGGGUGGGCUUGGCGACAGCUCGAUGGGGAUCGGUGGCGGAAUUACAUCUCUGAAGUUCAACGACGACGGCCUUUCGAUGGCCGUCGGCACCAGCACCGGUGAAAUCGUGCUUUACGACUUACGAAGCCCGAAUCCGCUCCUGCGUAAGGAACAAGGAUACGGAUUACCCGUCAACAACCUUAUCUGGAUCAACGGUCUCGAGCGCGACGGAUCAGAUAGCACGACCAGGGUUCUUUCUGCCGACAAGAAGAUUGCAAAGAUCUGGGAUGCCGAAGGCGGUAAACCGUUCACCUCGUUCGAGCCCUCGGUCGAUAUCAACGACGUCGCGCAUAUUCCCGAGACGGGAAUGUUUUUCCUCGCAAACGAGGGCAUGCCGCUGCAUACCUACUUCAUCCCCUCGCUCGGUCCCGCGCCGUCCUGGUGCUCGUUCAUCGAGAACGUGACCGAAGAACUCGAAGAAGCCCCUGUCACGAGCGUGUACGACAACUACAAGUUCGUGACCAAAAAGGAGCUGGCCGCGCUCGGUCUCGGCCACUUACUCGGCACGAACGUGGUCAGGAGCUACAUGCACGGCUACUUCAUCGACAUCAGACUGUACGAGCAAGCCAAGCUGAUCAGCAACCCGUUCGCGUACCAGGAGCACCGCGAGCGCGAGAUCCGCAAGAAGAUCGACAAGGAGCGCGAGUCGCGCAUCCGCACGUCGUCCAAGCUCGCGGUCAAGGUCAACAAGAGCUUGGCGGAGAAACUCGCAAAGACGGCCGAGAAGCAGGCGAAGAAGGCCGUGCGCGAGGCGAGAAUGAAAGCAAAGGCCAAAGCGAUCGAGGGCGCUGCUGACGCGGAUGCUGAUGACAACGAGGUGGAUUCGGAUGCCGAGGUUGUUCCCAAGACGCCUGCGGCCGCGACUGCGGGCAAGCCGUCUGAUCUGCUCGAUAGCCGCUUCAAGAGCGUGUUUGAGGACGACGACUUUGAGGUUGAUGAAAACACUGUGGAGUUUCAGCAGCUCAACCCUACUCGCCCGACGAAGAACGCGAUGCUCUCGAACUCGAAGCUUAGUUUGUCUGAUGAUGAGGAGCUGUAUGGUCAGGCGGAAUCUGAUGAGGAUCAGUAGUUAUAGAUGGUCUGAUAAAAGCGUUUUUGUUUAUUUGUUGCAUGUAUUCAAGACUGGCGUUUACUACUUUGGUUAAUAUUCUUUUUGUUGGUGAAUUAGGU